AUGGCUGCGAAGUGGAGAUGGCAGAGCUUUCUGCUCUCAUGCCUUCUACUCCUUGUCACACCCAUCCAAGCCUUCCUGAACGCAACCGAAAAUGCUGAGGCUCUGGCCAUUUCCAACUCCCAUCUCUACGCCUCCGUCAACAAAUCCACUGGCAUCAUGGAUGUCCUCAGUCUCGACGGUCAAGAUCUACUAGGCACGAAGGAGUAUAACGAAGUCACUCCGGGAGGCAACGCAGCAGGGCAAAAUGGCAUCGGACCAUACUUAGAUUGUUAUUGUGUACCUGCUGGCUCCUAUACACCCGGCAAAUACGCGACCUUCAAGUUAUUCUCUGGAGACGAUUCAAGUGGUGUGCCGUAUGGUGGCAUCCUCAUGUCGGAGGUAUAUCCUUUGACUGGACAGAUAUUAGAGCAGUAUUGGUUUAUGAGGGAGUGUGAGACGGGGUUGCAUACUUUUUCUCGGCUUGCUUAUUAUAAUGAGACGAAGCCAUUUCUGAGGAAUUUGCAAGAGUUUAGGACGUUGUUUAGACCAACUACUCCGUUGUGGACGCAUUUGUCGACUAAUGAGAAGAUUCAUGCGCCCUUGCCUUCCUCGGAUACUCUGAAGUAUUCAAGAACGGUUCAGGAUGCGACGUGGUACAUUGGCAAUUACACCGAGGCACCAUAUGUCGAGCAGUUUGCCGACUACUUUACCAAAUACACCUUUUCGGACGCUUGGAGAGACCAUAAAGUACACGGAAUAUACGGUGAUGGCUCAAACAGCAAAGAUGGCUCGACCUUUGGCGCUUGGUUGGUGAUGAAUACUGUUGAUACUUACUUUGGCGGGCCAACACAUUCUGAUCUUACGGUAGACGGCAUUGUGUACAACUAUAUCUCCUCGAAUCACCACGGAGACAACGUUCCAAAUAUCACCACUGGCUUCGACAGAACAUUUGGACCUCAAUACUUUCACUUCAACAAAGGCUCAAACACAACCACCCUGGCAGAUCUACGUGCAGAAGCCGAACAUUUUGCCUCUCCAACCUGGAAUACUGCUUUUUAUGACUCCAUAGCUCAUCUUGUUCCAAACUAUAUCCCCUCGACACAGAGAUCCACCUGGAGGGGGCGCAUCAAUUUGCCGAGAGGCGCCAAACGCCCCAUUGCGGUGCUCGCCCAGAAUGGCGUCGACUUCCAAGAUAACGUUCUAGACACCAAAGCAUACCAAUACUGGGGCGACAUCGACGAGAAAGGUAAAGUAGAGAUCCCAAUGGUCAAGCCAGGAACCUAUCGUCUUACGGUCUAUGCCGACGGGAUAUUUGGACAGUACAUUCAGGAUAAUGUCGUUGUCGCGGUUGGCAAGGUGACUACAAGCAGAGCGAAAUGGCGUGAGGAAUCUGCCGGCAAAGAAUUGUGGCGCAUCGGUACUCCUAAUCGCAGUAGUGGAGAGUAUAGGCAUGGUGAUCAUCCCGAUCCCAGUAAGCCUCUGCAUCCACCUGAGUACAGAAUGUAUUGGGCCAAGUGGGAUUUUCCAACCGAUUAUCCUGAUGGGGUCACUUUCGAGGUCGGUAAGAGCGAUGAAAGCAAAGAUCUCAACUAUGUUCACUGGAGUGUCUUUGGCGGAUACGCGAGCUCAAUCAGGCCAGAGCCAUACUAUGACAAUGUCAACAACUGGACUGUAUUGUUUGAUGCCAAGAAGGACGACAUCAGCAAAGUGAAGGACGCGACCCUCACUAUACAACUAGCAGGUGCGAAAACUGCUGCCGGUAACACAGACAACUGGAACGCAACACAGCCAUGGAACAACCUGCCUUUGACAGUGGUCAUGAACGGCAUUGAGCUUGAGCCAUGGGACAUUCCUUGGAAUCAGAGCAGUUCAUGCGCUACCAGAUCGGCGGUGACUUGUUAUGCUUUGGCACACAAGUAUGAGUUCGACGCCGAUCUCCUGAAAGAGGGUCAGAACAAGAUGGUACUGAGCUUGCCAUUCAACGCGACAGACUAUGAGAGUGCUGUACUUCCGAGAUACACAUAUGUCCAGUACGAUAGCUUGCGACUAGAGGUCAAGUGA